GAGUCCUUAGUUGCUGCGUCACCAAGCUUCAGGAACUUGAGAUCCAUUUCUCUGGACCUCUUCCUGGUUUGACCAGGACUUUAAAAACACAGGGAGUUAUGUGGAGGAUUCUCCUGAUGGUCAGUCUGCUCUGCUGGACCGCUGACGGACAAAGAGUGACCUGCAAAGACCACACUGGCCGCGAUGGUGUAACAGUGGACUGGUACAUCAUCUACAAGGCACCCAAAGACCCAGAGAAACCCAAGGUCCCCAACCCGAAAGAGGGUUUGGAAUAUCUUUACAUUGAUUCAGCUGGGAAGAAGGAGCUCUAUAAGUUUAUCAACCAUCCUGAAGGUGCCCUGGCAAACACCCUGCGGCCCAUUUUAAAACCAAUCAAAUCAAUGACAGACGACUUUGGAUUCAUCUCCUACAGCGACCAACCUCCAGGAUGUAAUGCUCAAGAUAAGUUUGGUCACAGUAAAGGAGUUGUGAUGAUGGAUAAAACUACAGGAGUCUGGCUCUCACACAGCACACCACAGUUCCCUUUCAAAAGAGAUCAAAAUAACUUCUGGCCUGACAGCGGAGCAACGAAUGCUCAGACGUUUAUCUGUGUAACAUUCAACUACAACCAGUUCCAAUACAUAGGUCAACACCUGCUGGAUAUCGCAGCUUUCCCGUUUGAUCAUUAUCUUCCAGACGGCUUCCAUAAAGAGCUUAUAGAUGUUACAGAGAAAAACUUAAAGAAAAGACCAAAACGUGACGCAAAUAAAUUCAAAUUCCAGGAGCUGACAUCAACAGGAAGAACACUGUUUUAUAGCAUUGCUAAACAACAGUAUAAAGGACUUUCUACAGCAGAUGCAAGGAGAAAAGACUGCAACAACCCAAAACAAUUUGUUGGAGAUCUUUACCAAACUAUUGCAAAUAUAUACGAGACUGAUGUGGGAGUCCAGACCUGGGGCCUACAGAGUGACAGUUUCUACGACGGAAAACAUCAAGUGGACAGAAUUAAAUCCGUAAAGAUUGCUGGGUUGGGGGGGUGGCCGAAUACAAAAGAUCAUUCCAAGUGGUGUAUAGGUAAGACUAAUAAUCUGAUCUGUAUCGCUGAUGUAAACAGAGCAUACACCCAAUACGAAAGGCCGGGGGGCGCACUUUGCUUUAUACAUAAAGGGGCAAGGGACCUAUUUAAAGAUCUUAUUAAUCAAACUGAGCCCUGCUCCAACCCCCCACCGUCUGACUGUCGGAUGGAUAUAGAAUCAGAAUCAGAACUGAGUGGGAUGGAUGAAUAAGCCUUUUCUUGCCGGUCUACAUAGUUUUAAGUCCUGUUUUUUUCGGUGUUUAAAUUUGUGUGUGCUAUCAUUUUCAAAUUAUUAUAAAUUUACAUAUUUUUUUAAUCCAUACCAAUUGUCACUAUUAAUGGGAUGUAAUAAGUUAGUAAUAAGAUACCAGAAGGAGAUCUGAUAUCUAAACAUAUUUAACAAGGUGGAGGUGAAGAAACAGGGAGAAUCCUGGGUAGAGCUGACUAUCAUUCAAAAAUAUUCAAUAUUUAAUACCAGUUCCUGAAGUCAAUAAAUCCAUUUUAACAAAAGGAAAUUACAACAUAACAGUACAAAUCUCUUUUCCACCGAUGUGUCACACACUGCAGUCUCUGGCUAACAGAGUUGUUGCUGCGUGUCUCUACGACAUGUAACAUUAAGCCUGGCUCAGACUACAGGAGUUUUAGGCCGAUUUAUGCCCGAUUUACACCUCCCGAGAAUCUGAGAAAAAAUCUUGUCGAGGACCUUGAUCAGUUCCGAUGUUCGGCAGAUUAUCUGGUAAU